AUGCUUCACCCCGUUGGCCUUCUAGUUAGCGACUUUGAUGAAACUAUAACUCAACACGACUCUAUUUGCGAAAUAGCAAAACUUGCAUACGAGAAGAGAGCAAGACAAGGAGAAUGCCCGUUACUAAACGAAAAGCUCGCGCCAGACAACAACGAUGUUGGUGAAUGUCCUCCUCCUUGGUCAUAUUUUGUAGAAAAAUAUUUUAGAGACCGUAAGGAGCACAUUAAAUUCUGGAACGAAACACAUCCAGAAAGAACACUUCAAGAUCACUACGAAAUGUUGGAAUCCUUAAGAGAAGUCGAAAAGAAAUCAUUGAAUCGUGUCGAAAAAUAUCAAUGCUUAAGUGGAAUGCAUUGUGAUGAACUGUUUGAAACUGGGGAGAGAAUACCGAAGCGGGAUGGGGCAACAGAAGUUUUGAAAAGUUUUCUAUUAGAAUGUGUGAAUAGUAACAUUUCUCGAUAUUUUUAUAUCCUUUCUACUAAUUGGUCGCGUGAUAUGCUAUUGGGAAGUUUGAAGGACCUUGUAGGAAUCAAAAGAGAACAUAUUUUAUCAAAUGACCUUGUUUUUGAUGGUACUGAUUGUACGACUGGAAAAGUACAACGUAAUGUACUCUCAGCACUUGACAAGCUAUCAAUCUUUAGUAAACUGAAAGUUCCACGAGGAACAAUUUCAGCAUACAUUGGAGAUUCUGAUACAGAUUUACCGUGUCUACGGUUAGCUGGAAAGAUUGAUACGAAUGAUUUGAUUACUACAAAUAAGCGAAAUUCUAAACUUUUUCGAGUUCAAAGCUGGAGGGAGAUUUCAGACAGUGGGCUAUUGGAUUGGUAA